CGCGGGGGCCGCCGGGAUGUGUAGUCCGCAGGAGUCCGGCAUGAACGCCGCAGGCGUGAGAAUGGUGACCCGCAGCCGGAGCCAGGGAUCUAGGGCCCGGCCGCGGCGGGGUGGGGAGGAGGCCGCGCCGCUCCAGAGGGGAGAGGCGUCUGCAGAAGGAAGGAAAAGCCACAGUCGUGUGAAGUGUCAGCAGAAAUCACAGAGAGUGAAUGUGGCCUACGAGGCCUCAGAUGGUGAGAAAGGAGAGGACACUGAGCCCCUCAAGGCACCAGGCUGGGAGCCCCAGGACUGGCAGCAGCAGCUGGUGAACAUCCGCACCAUGAGGAGUGGGAAGGACGCGCCUGUGGACCAGCUGGGGGUGGAGCACUGCUAUGACCCCAGUGCACCCCCAAAGGUGCGGAGGUAUCAGGUUCUGCUGUCGCUAAUGCUCUCCAGCCAGACCAAAGACCAGGUGACAGCGGGCGCCAUGCAGCGGCUGAGGGCCUGGGGCCUGACGGUGGACAGCAUCCUGCAGACAGAUGACAGUACGCUGGGCACGCUCAUCUACCCCGUGGGCUUCUGGAGGAACAAGGUGAAGUACAUCAAGCAGACCAGUGCCAUUCUGCAGCAGCGCUAUGGUGGGGACAUUCCAGCCUCCGUGACAGAGCUGGUGGCACUGCCAGGCGUCGGGCCCAAGAUGGCACACUUGGCCAUGGCCGUGGCCUGGGGCACUGUGUCCGGCAUUGCGGUGGACACACACGUGCACAGGAUCGCCAACAGACUCAGGUGGACCAAGAAGACGACCAAGUCCCCAGAGGAGACCCGCACCGCCCUGGAGGAGUGGCUGCCCAGGGAGCUGUGGAGCGAGAUCAACGGACUGUUGGUGGGCUUCGGACAGCAGACCUGUCUGCCUGUCCGCCCACGCUGCCAGGCCUGCCUCAAUCGGGCCCUGUGUCCAGCUGCACAGGGGCUCUGAGGGCCGUGGGGCCUCAGGCCGGACGCCACUCUGGCCACUGUCUGCUAUGUGUCUUUGCUGGGGAGCCGCAACCUGUUUAUAAUAAAGCUUGGGGGUUGUUUGUA